AGGAGGGAAAGAAAAUGAAAAGACACCGGAGAGCAGGCGGUUCCCAACACUUCUCUCUCUCUCGAUCUCUUCAACUCCCCUGAAAACUGUAACGGUCACAUUUCUCUCCAUUAAAAUACUCCAUAACGGCUUCUUCUUCCCUUCUCUCUGAAAACCCCCCCAACAAUUUCACUCCCAAUUCUACCCUUCUCUCUCUCUCUCUCUCCUCUGCAAAUAAUGGGGAAAAUCUUCGAUUUCCCUCUCCUCCUCCUUCUCUUACUAACAUCACUCCACUCGCUCCCGCUCUCCGGCGCGUCGCUCCACUGCCAAUCGAAGGCUCAAAACGGCGUCGUUACAAUGGAGCUCUGGUGCGUGGCCAAGAACAACGCCGAGGACACCGCCCUCCAGACGGCGCUGGACUGGGCCUGCGGGCCUGGAGGCGCCGACUGCGGCCCAAUCCAACAAGGCGGCCCAUGCUACGACGCCUCCGAUGUGCAGACCACGGCCUCCUACGCCUUCAACAACUAUUACCUCAAAAACGGCAUGACCGACGACGCUUGCAACUUCGACAACACCGCCGCUCUCACUUCCUUAAAUCCCAGUCAUGACAAGUGCAAAUUCCCAUCCAGCUUGGCAGUGAGCAACGGAUCAAGUCUGGCGAGUCCGUCGACAGCGGUCGGAUUGGGGCCCAGCGAGGACAUGAACGGUUGCAGUUCAAUUGCUUUCCAAUGGUUUUGGCCUAUUUUCAGUACCACUCUUUUCUUCUUUUUCACCAGUUACUUAUAGCUUGAAAUAGUACUUCUAUUAUUAUCUCCAUUAGCAAGGAAAAGAAGAAAGCAAAGGCUUUUUUUUUUCUCUCUACCUUGUUCACGUAAAACAUAACUAGAGUUUAGUUAUUAUAGGCCAAUCUUUUUGAGAGGAAUUAUCAAUUAUGAUUAUCAAUCAUGUAUUUUGACUAGGUUAGUUUCAAUUC